UAUUUAACAGCGGAAUGUUUUGUUAUCGGUUCGUAGUAAUAAGUAAAAAGAUCUCUUUCUUUAUUGAUAUCUCGAAAUAUUUUUUAAUUUUAAGUUUUCUCGUUAAUCUCAGUGCAACUAAUAAAUAUAGUUCAUAAAAUUCUAAUUUGAUCAUAUUUCAAAGUCGACAUAAGUAAAUUCCCUAUUAAUUUUUCUUAUUUGAAAAGAAAUGCAAACCACUUUGCACAUGAGAAACAAUGGAAAAGAAAAGCACCCUUGUUUUUUAAAAUAAAAAUAAUCAAUUAAAAGAAAAGGGUUUUCAAUAUAAAAUCUUCAUGUAAAGCAGAAAAAGUUGCAGCCGUUAAAUAAAAAACUAAAUUAAUAGAACUUCAAAAAAUUGUGAAAAGUUCAUUUAUUGGAGAAAAGUGACAAAAAGGGAACAAACUGCGUCCUUGAGAUUGAUAGAAAAGCUUGGCUUUCGUUUUCCUAUGUGUAUAUAUACAUAUAUAUAUAUAUGUAUAUAGAAUAGUAUAUGCGUAUAUAUGCAUAAACACGUAUGAAAGAUAUAAAAAAAUUUAUGAGAUUUCUUUUCAAGACUAUCUCGAGCACCACGCAUAGUGGUAAUUUCUAUGGAUGAUGGGGACAAAGGUAUUGAAAACAAUUUAGUCCUGAAAAAUCCGAACGAGGCGACAUUAAAGCCAUCCAAACCAAUAUCCACGUCAACAAGAUCUAAUCCAACGCUUUGCGAAAAGCAGCAGAAAUCACUUAGUUGCAGUAAUGACAACAACGGCAGCCAGACAUGCAAUGUACCAUUUGUAAUUAGAGGCAAAUUUAUUGAUAGCGGAAACAUUGAUAUAAGUUGUGCAAUGAUGCCAAAUCAAAGUGAUAAUUCCGCAUCACCGCCUUCGCCAUCAUUAACUUCUUCGUUGUCUGGCUUUAACGAUGCGACAACUUUGAUAGAAUUGCGUCAAUUAAAGCGGGAUUGUGAUCCCCAGUUUUCACGUUUUGCUGAUUAUUUCGUAAUAUGUGGUUUAGAUUUCGAUACUGGCUUAGAAUCGGACCGAUUUACAGGUGAUAAUUUGCAUUGCUGUCCCUUGGAUCGGGCAUAUAAAAGUAAACCUUUGGCUCAUUACCCUGAAAAUGUUUCCUGGAAUCCUUUUGAUGCUCAUGGCAUAUGUAUGCUUUCACUGCCUCAGGGAUUACGCUUUCGUACACAAAAACAUAAUAUUGAGCCGAAGUUUCAUUCUUUUGCAACAACACGUGAGGAUGGCAAGCGGUGUUACGGCUUUAGUCUUGUCUUCUAUGAAGAGAUCCGUAAUCGUAAUAUUUGUAGCGCAAUGCAUACAUUACAGUCGAUGUUUAUUACGGAAUUAUCAAGCGGCCAACAAUCGCAUUCUUUGUCGCGUGUUAAAGAUGGCCCAGUGAGUCGAUCUUUGCCUCGUCAUUUUAAAGUGGCAGGUCAAGCGCCCCAAUCAGCACAAAGUUAUUAUGAUAUUACUAAGGAUAAACUUUACGUUGCCAAAAGUAUUUCAUUAAUAUGUCAGAUACCGUAUUCAUUUGCAGCUGAAGUAUUUCUCACAAAUUUGUACAAGUGCCUUCCGCGUCAACCCGGACCAGGUAUAAGUCUCGAAUCAUAUGUCUACAACAUAUUGUAUGAAGUAAUGUUACCUCAGCCAGGCAAAUCAAUACGUAUAUACCUGCCUCCGGAGGAAGCACAUUUAUCAGCUGUAGCUCUGACUUUGCAACGACCAGAUCCUACGAGCGAAUUACCUUUACUCGAUUUUCCUUUGCGUUUAUUGUUUACUUACUUGGGAGUGGAGUGCGUUAUACAAUUGCUUACCUGCGUCUUGCUAGAAAAUCAAGUUCUAUUACGAUCAAACGAUUAUCAAAAGCUUAUGACUGUUGGCGAAUGCAUUACAUCCAUUCUGUUUCCAUUUGUAUGGCCCCAUGUAUAUGCCCCUAUUUUGCCAGCUGCCUUACAUCAUUUUUUGGAUGCUCCGGUACCGUUUGUUAUGGGCUUACAUGCUGAGUGCGAAGCAGCAAACAAGAUAGGAUCUGAAGCGGCACUUUGCUUUCUAGAUAUCGACAGAAAGGUUAUACAAUUGCCUGAAGAAUUGCCAGCGUUUCCACAUAAAACGGACUUUAUGGCUGAAAUUAUAUCGGUACUAGACAAGUUCGAAAUAGAACGUGAUCGCGCCCACGAACCAAAUUUAAAAAACGGAUAUUCGUCGAGAGACUUUGAUGUGAUGAUAAACAGUUGCACAUUACCAAGUGGCAUACAGGCAGCUAAAAGGGGCAAGGAUCGUUUUCAACAAUUACAGGAAACGGUCUAUACAUUAGGCUCCCCUGAUAUUGGGACCCAUCACAAUUUACACUAUCAACCUUUAAUUGCUCAUCCUACGAAAAUUGACCAUGUGCCACGCAUUGCAGAUUUCCUAAGACGCAAGGGUACGCCCCGAACUUUAUCUCCGGUAGCUGGUGGUGAAUGCAUUGACGCCGCUACUCCCAUCUCCGUUACAAUGUCUCCAACAAGGUCUCUUAGCAAAGAAAUAAAAGCAAUUAUACCAAAGCUAACACCUGAACAGCAAUACUAUCAGGAUUUACGCAUAAACAUUGCGUUACGUGAAAUAUUCCUCAAUCGUUUUGUACACAUGUUUUUUGCCUAUGACUUUUUUGUCAUCUAUCCAAAUCAGGAUCGAGAGGAGUGGCUUUCGAAUCGUGAAACUUUACAAAAUUUUGAUAAAUCAUCUUUUCUAUCAGAUCAACCAGAACAUCACAAACCAUUUCUAUCACGUUUUCUUGAAUCUCAAAUGUUUGCUACUUUAGUCGAUAACAAAAUACUCUCCGUCUGGGACAAAGAACCAGAUACUAAUUUACAAAUUUUCGAUCAACGCGUAAAAUUAUUAAGGAAACGUCACGGUGAAAAUAUGAUAUGUGCUACUAGCUAUGAACCGUGCGUAAUGAGCCACGGGGUUCAGCAGUUGUUUGAAAAACGCCUAAAUUGUGUUGAUAUUGAAGUAACACCGCCAAGUGAAAUACUUUCCAAUCGUGCGGCUUAUUUUCGUAGCUUCCCCGUAUUGGAUAAAAACGUCUUAAAUCAGGAAUGUGCAUCGAGAGGCAGCAGUUUGAGACGUGUAAAAAACGGUAAUAAAUGGCGUGCCAAAGAGAUCAAUUUGGAACAAAAAACAAAUGUCUCAAGUAAUGCUUUAAAUAGAUUAUCGGCAAACUUAAGCACAACUGAGUUGAGUCCGGCUUUGAUUGCUCAGGCUAAUUGGACGUUUGUGGAAAGAUUAUUAAAAUUUCUUUUACAGGAUAUUAAAUCAAAAACCAAACGUAUGUUAUUAGAAAAAAUGGGAACGGAAGCAGUAUCACUGGGCCUUAAUAAAAAUAGUGACGGCAUUGAAGAGAAUACAUUAAUUGCUUCAUUGUGUGACCUAUUGGAGAAAAUAUGGUCACAUGGCCUGCAAAGCAAACAGGGGAAAUCAGCGCUGUGGACCCAUUUGCAAGCCUAUUUAGAAUUACAAGAAGCACGUGCUAAAGGCUCUGUGAGCAACAGUAGCAUUACCACUCAUAGUGCAACGAAUAUUUCAACAAAAGCUCUUCACGCUAGCGGGAACGAGGUAGAAGUUACCAGUAAUUAUGCCGUAUCUGCUCCAGCUUUAGCCUGGAAUGUUAUGCGUAAGCGUAUGGAUUAUUUGUCGACUUUUCAAACAGACAUAGAAAGUCCCCAUAGUCCCAACCGCAGUCGAUCAAGGGAUCCGAACAAAUUUGUAGGAUUAGAACAAUUGUGCCCUUUGCCUGAAUCUUUGGAAUUUGACGUAAAAAAUGUGAUGGCUUUGGGUGAUAUUAAGACACAAUUUGGUUACACAAGAGCUUGGGUACGACUCUCAUUGGAAAAGAAGUUACUAUCGCGACAUUUUCGCACCUUAUUAUCCGACGAAGCUCUUUUACGUUCCUUAUAUAAACGAUCAGCAUUUUUGAGAUGUGAAGACGAGAAAGAGCAGUUUCUCUUCCAUCUUCUUAGUUUGAACACAGUCGAUUAUUUCUCUUUCACAAACACUUAUCCAACAACAAAACUUCCCUAUCGUGUUGUAAUAUUCCCAUCACGUAAAUAUGGCUCAUAUCAUAUCUCCAGUAAUGCUUGGAUCAUUAUAUCCGGAACUCUAAAUGAAACUCAACGUGUACCAAUACCUAAAGGGUCUCUGGAAUUUAUAUUUCAUUACAAAAAUUUGGGUCUAUUAACAACUAUGCGCAUUGGUCACGAUAAUGCUGGCCCAGCAAAUAAGUGGCUUGUAGAACAUGUGGUCAUGCGCAACGAAGUAACCGGUCACACUUAUAAAUUUCCAUGCGGCCGCUGGCUUGGCAAAGGAGUAGAUGAUGAUUCCACUGAACGUUUAUUGGUUGGGCAAAGGGCAUCAGUAAAUGUUAGAAACACUGAAUUAAUGCCAACUUGUCGUACUCCCCCACGAAAUCGCAGCCCAAGUAUUCAGCGUGGUCAGGAUUUGCCACCGCCUUCUGAAAUUCAACACAAAUUGGGCAAUUGUGUUAAUGUUAUAGUUAAAUGGCACUAUAAACCCAGUCGAGAUCGCAACGUGGGCAGCUUAACAAAUUUAUUAUGCGGUGAUAAUGGUUUAGUAAAAUGUUUGGAAAAUGUUUUUUUAUGUGGUUUUCGUUCAACGCGUUUUUUCGGACGUAACCUUUAUGUUUGGGAUUAUUUUAUUAAAAUCAAGGAACAAUUUGAACAAUAUUUACAACAAGAGCAGCAACAGCACUGGAAUGAAUUAAGUUCCAAUUUGGACCUAUCCAUCGAUGAAGAAGGGGCUAGUUCGCAGCAGCGUCGCGAAUUAAGUGUUGUAUGGCGCUACUACAUACAUUUGGUAGAUGAAAUAAAUAAUGCUGGAAGCACAUUAGGUAAAGAUGGAAAAUUUCAAUUGCUAAUGUGUCUAAGCUUAAGAGAACAUUUAUUGACUCGUAUGAUACCAAUCAUGGCUAUGACAAAAGUUACGCAAGAAAUGUAUGAGGAUGACAGUUUUCUUAAGCGUAAAAAUUUAUUGACAUUUCUUAUACAAAUCUUGGAACCGUUAGAUGAUUGUCAUAUAGUACUGGAAAAUUCCAUAACUCAAGGCAUUCCUUCGCAAUGUUGAAAUGAAUGUGAUGUGAAUCAAAGGAUAUGUUUAAUUUCCCCUUUAUAUACUCAUAAAACUUAAGCAAAUUGAAUUUAAAACUUGCCCUCCAAUAACUUAUAAUUAAUUAUCCUUAAUUAAGAAUUAAGAAGGAAAGCAAUCUCUUAAUCCUUAUAUAGAAUCGAACCAAAGCAGUGCAACAAAAAAGAGAUUUUAAAAAUUCAGAUUGUAAAGCAAUUCAACCAAAGCGUUUAUUACAUAUAGCUUACAACGGCAUGUAACCGAUGUCUGCAAGUAAAUGUAUGCGUAUAUAUUAGUACAACUAAAUAAUAUAAUGAUAAAUGAAAUUAAAAAACUUAUUCAGUGUAAUUAAGAAGGUAGCUAAAUGUAUGAAGUUCAUGUUGUACUUCGUUUAUAUACUUGCCAAAGUAACUUUUUAUUUCGCUUUAAUCAUUUAAUUAUUUAUUCACUUAAGUUUCUUUUCAUGCUUUUU